CCAUGAAAGCCAGAAGCAACUGGCCCUAUUGAAAGAUGUAACAGAAAGUGAAUACAGACAAGAGAAAGCUAUAACAAUCAUCAUCCACAAGCUUAUCCCUAUUUACUAUUUUAGCUUCCAUGGCUCAUGACACGCCAAAACCCUAACUGCUUACAUCUUUCUCCAUCCCUAACCUUCCCUCUACCUAUCUAUAUAUACAUACAUGAGCCUACCAACUUCAUGCCACUCAAACACACACAACCUACCGAAACAAAUACCACCUCGAACUAUAUACUCAGCCAUUGGGAUAGCAUAUUAAAAGAUGAUGAAGAGUGUUAUUGCAUCAAUGCUGGUUGCAUUUAUGGUGGUUCAGCUGGCGACCGUGAAGCCAGGGGAAGCUGCGGUGACUUGCGGCCAAGUUGAUGCAUCACUUGCUGCCUGCAUUCCCUACCUGACGGCCGGCGGUACUCCGGCGCCGGCGUGCUGUGACGGAGUGAAGAAUAUAAAGGCCAUAACUCCCACCGCCGCCGACCGUCAAGCUGCCUGCAACUGCGUGAAGGAGGCGGCUGGUCGGUACCCAAAUAUUAAAGAAGAUGCAGCCGCUUCUCUCCCCACCAAGUGCGGCGUUCAAAUGAACAUUCCCAUCUCCAAGAACACCAACUGCCAAAACAUUAAUUGAGAUGGAUGGAGGUACAUACGGCUGGCUGCGAGAAGAUUAAUAAAGCUAGUUGAAGGAGCUUCUUGGGUGUUGCCAUGAUCUCCAUAUAAUUACAUCAUUAUGUAGCUUUGAUAAUAUAAUUACUCCCAUUACGACAAUAAUAAUAAUA